CCGCCCGCCUCCCGCUCCGCGCCGCCAGCCAGCUCCCGCGCCCCGCGCCCCAAGCUCCGGCCGGCGGGCAGCCCGGCCGGGAGGAGCUGCGCAAGCACGCCCAGGUCCAGAUCUGGAACUACAGACCCCGCUGAGGAGCCUCCUGCCUGAGGCGCAGCCAUGGCCACUAAGGAGAAGCUGCUGUGCCUGAAGGACUUCCACAAGGACAUCCUGAAGCCAUCUCCAGGCAAGAGCCCAGGCACGCGGCCUGAGGAUGAGGCAGAGGGCAAGCCGCCCCAGCGUGAGAAGUGGGCCAGCAAGAUCGACUUUGUGCUGUCCGUGGCCGGCGGCUUCGUGGGCUUGGGCAAUGUCUGGCGUUUCCCGUACCUCUGCUAUAAGAAUGGUGGAGGUGCGUUCCUCAUCCCCUACUUCAUCUUCCUCUUUGGGAGUGGCCUGCCUGUCUUCUUCCUGGAGGUCAUCAUCGGCCAGUACACCUCAGAGGGUGGCAUCACCUGCUGGGAGAAGAUCUGCCCCCUCUUCUCUGGCAUUGGCUAUGCAUCCAUUGUGAUCGUGUCACUGCUGAACGUGUACUACAUCGUCAUCCUGGCCUGGGCCACCUACUACCUGUUCCAGUCCUUCCAGCAGGAGCUGCCUUGGGCGCACUGCAACCACAGCUGGAACACGCCACAGUGCCUGGAGGACACACUGCGCAGGAACAAGAGCCUGUGGGUCACCCUGAGCCCCGUCAACUUCACAUCCCCCGUCAUCGAGUUCUGGGAGCACAACGUGCUGAGCCUGUCCCCUGGGAUUGACCACCCCGGCGCACUCAAGUGGGACCUGGCACUCUGCCUGCUGUUCGUCUGGCUGGUGUGCUUCUUCUGCAUCUGGAAGGGCGUGCGCUCCACAGGGAAGGUCGUCUACUUUACGGCCACCUUCCCGUUCGCCAUGCUGCUGGUGCUGCUGAUCCGCGGGCUGACGCUGCCUGGCGCAGGUGCAGGCAUCAAGUUCUACCUGUACCCUGACAUCAGCCGCCUGGAGGACCCACAGGUGUGGAUCGAUGCGGGGACGCAGAUCUUUUUCUCCUAUGCCAUCUGCCUGGGCGCCAUGACGUCUCUGGGGAGCUACAACAAGUACAAGUACAACUCGUACAGGGACUGUAUGCUGCUGGGAUGCCUCAACAGUGGUACCAGUUUUGUGUCUGGCUUCGCAAUUUUUUCCAUCCUGGGCUUCAUGGCACAAGAGCAAGGGGUGGACAUUGCUGAUGUGGCUGAGUCAGGACCCGGCCUGGCCUUUAUCGCCUACCCGAAGGCAGUGACCAUGAUGCCACUGCCCACCUUCUGGUCCAUUCUCUUUUUCAUUAUGCUCCUCCUGCUGGGACUGGAUAGCCAGUUUGUUGAAGUCGAGGGACAGAUCACAUCCUUGGUGGAUCUUUACCCAUCCUUCCUAAGGAAGGGUUAUCGCCGGGAAGUCUUCAUUGCCAUUGUGUGCAGCAUCAGCUACCUGCUGGGGCUGACAAUGGUGACGGAGGGUGGCAUGUACGUGUUUCAACUCUUUGACUACUAUGCAGCUAGCGGUGUAUGCCUUUUGUGGGUUGCAUUCUUUGAAUGUAUUGUUAUUGCCUGGAUUUAUGGGGGUGAUAACUUCUAUGAUGGUAUUGAGGACAUGAUUGGCUACCGGCCUGGACCCUGGAUGAAGUACAGCUGGGCUGUCAUCACCCCUGUUCUCUGUGUUGGCUGUUUCGUCUUCUCGCUCGUGAAGUAUGUGCCCCUGACCUACAACAAGGUCUACGUGUACCCGACCUGGGCCAUCGGGCUGGGCUGGGGCCUGGCCCUCUCCUCCAUGGUGUGUGUCCCUCUGGCCAUGCUCAUCCGCCUGUGCCGCACUGAGGGGCCACUGCGUGUGCGGCUCAAGUACCUCCUGACCCCGAGGGAGCCCAACCGCUGGGCCGUGGAGCGCGAGGGGGCCACGCCAUUCACCACGCGCCCAGCUGCCAACGGGGCGCUCAUGCCGCCCACGCACAUCGUGGUGGAGACCAUGAUGUGACCCCGCCGCUGCCCUGCUGUUUACUAACAUUAGAUCUCAUAGGACCAGGUUUACAGAGCUUUAUAUUUGCACUAGGAUUUUUUUUUAAUUGUCACAGAAAACGUUACUCCACGUGUGUGUGUGUGUGUGUGUGUGUGUGUGUGUGUGUGUACUGUGUGUGCGUGUGUUUCGUUUUUGAUUUGGGGAUAUUUUGUACAAAAAGAAAAUUCACGGGCAGAAGUCCCCGGGGAGAAGCCGAGCUUUCAUACGGGAUUAGAUGUAUUUUAUGGGAACUUGGUAAACUUUUCUUUGUAUUUUUUUCAUAAAACUAUAUAUACUUAGAGAUUGUCAUACACUCUACCACAUGAGUGGAUCUUCUUGCCAGCAAGAUCUAGUUAUCAAAAGCAAUUCUUCGGUGCUUGCAGAGCUGGCAGAGAGCUCCACCCCAAGCCUGCAGGACCGGGUUUUCCUAAGAUGCAGAUGCCACACAAGUGCAGCCUGCAGGCUGGUCCAGGUGGGCAGAGGGGGCCGAGAGGGCACAGUGGCCAAGAAGAGUGAUGCCAAGACAGCGGCCUGACUCCUGGGCAAAGGGGCUGACCAGAGCCCAGAGGGUGGUCCUCAGCAAAUCCCAGCUCGGUAGGCUGCAGGUCACAUGGCCAAACCCCACCUUGUAUUUUGAGACUGAGGGUGGAAGGUCAGCAGGACCUUCAGGUCCAGGCAGCCUUGGGAAGCAGCCAGGGACCUGGACAGGUGUCGGGGACAGGACCCAGGCUGGGGAGCCACUGUGCUUCCCAGCCAUCCCAGCCAGACCCCAGGGCUGAGACCGGCCCAGGAACCAGCCCCAGGCUAUCCCCAAGCAGGGUAUGGCCCAACUGCUCCAGUGCCUGCUGCCUGCACCACCCUCUCGCCCUCAUUCCCGGAGGCUGGGAGACUCCUGACACCACCCAGAUCCCAGCAAGGAGGCCAGGAGCAGGGCUCAAAGGCAGGGCCUUGGUCAGGGGCAGUGCACCCUGAUAUUCGUUGCGUGGGGGUUGGGGGAGGAGGCAGGUGAUGUGCAGAGCAGGGGAGCAGGGGGCUGGCACCCCAGAACCAGGAGAAGCACGGCAUAUCCACACCACCCAGCGCAGACACCCCGACCUUGCCAGCUCAGAGCCGAAGCAGGACCAGUGCAAAGGCAGCGGCAGUUGGUGCAGGAAUGGAGCGCAAGCGGGCUUCGGCAUGCAAAGCAGGGCUCUCAGAACCCUGGAACCCCCCACCCCCAGAUUUGGGAGUUGAGGUGUCUUCAGCGUCCCUCUCUAGGGGCAGCGCUGGACCGCUUUUCUGUGACGUGUGUAUUUCUGUUUUUAAAGCUGUAAACUCUGCCAAACACCACCCAACCCUUGCCAGCUGUCAGACAUCCUGUGUGUCCACAUUUUGUCAGUGAUUUGAUUGGACCCUUUGUUCCCCCCAAGUUUAAUCGUGUGACACUGUGACCUGUUUCCUUGUCUUGUGGAAUUGUUAACCACUGUCAGCGAGGGAAGGCAGGUGACAGUCGGCGGCCCAGGCUCCUGUGGUCAUUGUGCUUCCCUCUGGCUCCAGCCCCUCCAGGAGGCCUCGUCUGUGGUUGCAGACAGAGGGUCAGAGGAAGCCCUUCCUGCAUGGUUCCCAGACCAAAUUUUAGACCAAAGAUGCGCACAGGCCAGCGAGUGCCUGGGCCCCCCAGACACCUGUCUUCCUCUGACCUCGCGUCGCCCUACAAGUCCAUGUGCGAUGUUGCCUCGCCUGUCUGUUCCCACGGCAGUGCCACCGCUGCUGAGAGCCAUGGCUCCAAGCACAGGGAGGGGUCCCACCACUCUGCCAGGUCUGGACAGGAAGAACCGAGGGCCAGGGUGAGCCUCAGCCAGGAGCACCCCAGGGUACCCCUGAGGGCCCUGUAAGUGGGGACGCUGAGGCCAAGGAUGGGAGGGACAGAAGCCAGCACUGUACCAGGCCAGCUGUGGCUCCUCGCAGUGGCGCCCAGGUCCUCCCAGGCCACCAGAGAUGCAGGAGAUGCCACCCCUCCUUCCUCCCAGCCCUCUGGGAGCCAAGAGCCCUGUUGACACGAAAGGAAACUGAGCCCCGGGCCAGCUGGCGGGGUUUAAGGAAGGACGCUGCUCCACACUUAGGAAGGUGCACAGGUGAGCUCCCUGCUGGCCCAGUGUCACCAUGGUGGCCGUGGCCCCAUCACCACCUGUCACUGCCCUCUUGAUGGGGAGGUGCUCAGGGCAGCCAGUCCAAGGGCAGAGCAUCCCCUUCUCCCCAGGACCCAGUCAUGGGCCAGGAGAGGACACAAGAGAGGCAGGAGAGGCCCCAGUGGCCCUCAGACCCGUGUCUACCCGGUGCCCUAAAUAGCUCUGCAGAACCUCGGGGCAGAGCGAGGAAGAUGCGCACAGCGGGGGCCCCGGGCGCUGUGUCCCGUCCUUGGUGGCGUCACCGUGCUGGCACAUGCUCAAGGGUGGGGUGCCUACUAUAUUUUUGGCUUCAAACUGAGACAGAAGCUCUGGUUUUUCUACCCAGUGAAUCUUUCCAGUCCUUGACAACUGUGACUCUGUAUUUAGCACAAGAGAAAUGGAGAGCGUGGGUUUCGCCUCCUUCCAGAAACAUGUCUGGCUCAUCGGGAGUUUUGUAAAGCUUCAAAAUAUUUUUAAGAUAUUUUAAACUUUUGUAAGAAAAAAAAUCAACCGACAAAAACUGCACUGGGACAAGAUCCAGGUGUGUAAUUCAGUCCCACGGUAUACAGGCUUCUGUGUGUAAAUGUUUUAUGAUCCGAAUCCCUGUGGUGUGUGGGGGUUUUCCCCUUUUUGCUUUUUAGAUAAAUAUGUAUAUCGAUAUUUUAAAUUCAUCUUUGCUUUUUUUUAGAGGAGUUUGUAAUCACCUUAUAACAUGACAAUAAACAUUUCCUUUUUAAAAUUC